AUGCAUCUUCUUGCUUUCUCAUUAUUCGCAGGCUUCGUGGCAGCAGAGAGUGGUCUGGCAGCAUGGCUCCGCUAUGCACCCCUGUCUGGGAGCCAACACCUCCACUCUUCCUUACCAUCUCAUAUCGUUGCACUGAACAGCACCGUGGGUAGUCCCGUUUAUACCGCCGGACAAGAACUCCACAACGGCAUACAGAGCAUCUACGGCAAGCAAUGCAACAUCCACCAUGGGCACUGGGACGCUGCCUCCUCGGUGGUAGUUGGGACCGUCGACGAGUACACCAAGGCAUAUGGACCUCUUCACAAUGCACCCACGCUCAUCGCGGACGGCUACUGGCUCAGCACCGAAGGCGGGACCAUUCAAAUCCUUGGUCAGAACGAACGAGGUGCUCUGUACGGCACUUUUCAAUAUCUCUCCAUGCUGGCUCAAGGCAACUUCACCAAAGUCGCUUAUGCUUCAAACCCAGACGCACCAAUCAGAUGGACCAACGAGUGGGAUAACUUAGAUGGCAGCAUCGAGCGCGGCUUUGCUGGUCCCUCGAUCUUCUUCGCCAACGGAGUUAUAGUGAACAAUCUCACUCGAGUCAGCGAGUACGCGCGGAUCUUAGCAUCCAUCGGCAUUAACGCCGUCGUGGUCAACAAUGUCAACGCCAAUGCGUCCCUCUUGACGCCGCAGAACAUCCAGGGACUAGGCAGGAUCGCUGAUGUCAUGAGACCAUACGGUGUGCAGGUUGGCAUAUCCCUCUUCUUCGCCUCGCCCACCAGUGCUGUACAAGGUCAGGCAAACCUGACCACUUUCGACCCCAUCGAUGAAUCCGUCGUGGCCUGGUGGACCAACGUCACGGAUCAGAUCUACGAGAAAGUACCAGACAUGGCUGGAUACCUCGUGAAAGCCAACUCGGAGGGUCAACCGGGUCCGCUAACAUACAAUCGUACCCUUUCUCAAGGAGCAAACUUGUUCGCCAAAGCACUCCAGCCACACCGUGGUAUUGUGAUGUUCCGCGCAUUCGUGUACAACCAAUUAAACGAGUCUGACUGGAAAGCGGAUCGUGCCAACGCCGCAGUCGACUUCUUCAAGCCUCUCGAUGGCGAGUUCGACUCGAAUGUCGUAAUUCAGAUCAAGUAUGGACCAAUCGACUUCCAGGUCCGUGAGCCAGCUUCGCCAUUAUUUGCAAACAUCCCACAGACCAACACUGCCAUCGAGCUCCAAGUCACGCAGGAGUAUUUAGGACAGCAAUGCCAUUUGGUCUACCUGCCACCUUUAUGGAAGACAAUUCUUGACUUUGACAUGCAAGCCGAUGAUAAACCAUCUUUGGUGCGCAACAUCGUCUCGGGCGAGCGCUUCAACAAAUCUCUUGGUGGCUAUGCCGGCGUCGUCAACGUAGGCACGAAUGAGACAUGGAUUGGCAGUCAUCUUGCCAUGUCGAACCUCUAUGCAUACGGUCGAUUGGCAUGGGACCCUACCAGCGACCCAACAAGCAUCCUACAAGACUGGAUCCGACUCACCUUCGGCGCCGAUCCGAGUGUGGUGAACACGAUCACUCAGAUGUCGCUGGAGUCAUGGCCGGCCUACGAGAAUUACAGUGGCAAUCUGGGCAUUCAGACUUUGACCGAUAUCCUCUACACCCACUUUGGACCCAAUCCACAAUCUCAAGACGGUAAUGGCUAUUGCCAAUGGACUCGUGCGGAUCAGAAAUCCAUCGGUAUGGAUCGAACAGUGAGCAACGGUACAGGCUUCUCCGGCCAGUACCCAUCUGCUGUAGCCUCUCAAUAUGAGAAUCUUGCAACCACACCCGACAAUCUCCUCCUCUGGUUCCACCAUGUCAACUACACAACCAUCCUGAAAUCCGGCAUCUCAGUUAUCCAAGACUUCUACAACCAGCAUUACGCCGGAGCGGCCACGGCACAAACCUUCCUCACACAGUGGCAGUCACUGAAGGGCAAGAUCGAUGAAGAGCGCUACACAGACCAGCUAUUCCGACAAAGUUUUCAAGCCGGCCAUUCGCUCGUCUGGCGCGACGCCAUUGUCAACUUUUACCAUAACCUCUCCAGCAUUGCAGACUCGAGCAACAGAGUAGGCAACUAUCCCCACCGCAUCGAAGCCGAGAGCAUGGAGCUGGAUGGCUAUAGCAUAUACGCCGUCAAUCCCUUCGAGACAGCCUCGAACAAGACCGCUAUCGUGACUUCGAGCAAUACGACCGCGGGCACAGCAUCUUACACCCUCACCUGCGGCAGUGGAACGUACGACGUCGCAGUGAACUACUUCGAUCAGUACGGUGGGAACUCGAGCUAUGUUCUCAGCAUCAAUGAUAAGACCGUGGGCAACUGGACUGCGAACUUCAGGCCUUGGAUCGGUAAUACCGAGGGUCCUCGUGUACUUGGACAUACGCCGUCAAUCUACUUGGACGGUCACUCGGCUAUCCGGGUGACGUUUAGUGAUGUCACGAUUGCGAUGGGCGAUGUGUUGAAGAUUGUCGGGACACCGAAUGGUGUUGAGAAGGCGCCGUUGGACUAUGUUAGUGUGCUGCCGCUAGGCGUGGUGGACUAG